AUGUGCAGCGAGGCGGCUGCAAGCAGAGUAAGCAGUGAUCAGCAGAGUCUGCAGAUACUCAGUCCUCGUGGAUUGACCGCUCUGAAGGCCGGGGUGCGCUCGGCGGGAGUUACAGCCGGUUGCGCGGUCAGACUACCGCCCACCUCACUCCUGCCUCGCCGUAAUUGCUGGAGCGCCCCACCUGCUGUGCAGCUCCGCCUAGCCUCCGACCGGCGCCGGCCGCACCCCUCACCGCGGAGCCCUGCCCCGCAGCACGCGCUGCAGGCCGGCGCCCCGCCCCUCCCGUCACUUUUCAAACCUCAACUGUACGCUCCCGUCACCGUCUUCGCCGCCGUAGUCGGGAGCCACCUCGCUGGGGAGGUCAGGUCACAACUGUUGGCCGUUGUCCGGAAGGGUAAAAGUGGGUCCUGCCACGCUCGGAGCUGCCCGGCACCUCAAGGGGCUAGAGCUGGAGAAGGCGUCCUGUCGUGGCCACCUGCGUGGGGCGGGAUUGGAGCCCCCUUGGAGGGGGCAGCCGCGGGAGAACCCGCUGCGGCCCGAGCGGUCAGUGUCUUCCGCCUCGCGCGUCCUCGGUCCUGCUGGGUUUGGCGGGUAGGCUCGGUGCUGCGACUCCAAACCCCUAAAGCAGCGCCCUUUCCGGGUGGAACGGAGACCCAUGACGUGGGAGGGGUCCCGGGGAGGGAUGCCGGCGGUGUGGGCGGACCCAGGAUCGGCUCAGACCUCCAGCCUGGGGAAGAUGGGCUCAGACACCGUCGUCCCCGGGCGGCCCGACUGCUCCGGACCCCUUGCCGUAUCCCGGCUGGAGUCCUGCUUCCCUGGUUUCCCUUGGGUGAGGCGCUCGGGGCGGCAGCUGGACCUCCCAGGACCUUUCUCAGCCGGGUCCGUGUGUGCGUGCGUGCGUGUGUGUUUGUGUGUGUGUGGCCCGGUCUCUCCCCGGGUCGCAUCCCGCGGGAGCCGCCUUCGCCACCGGCUCGCUCGCGGCCUUUCCACGUCGCGUCGACGUGGUCCCUUCAGGUCCCACUCGAGUUCACAGCUGGCGUGUGGGGCCCAGGACGUGUUCACAUCUGGACUCAUGGACACGUCCUGCUCACAGCUGCCUUUCGUCGGAGAAAGUUUGUGCCCAUCUUGUGGGACAUGUUCAGUUACUACUUGUGA